AAACACCCUUGUACCUUUCCACCCAUCAGCUACCAGCAACAACGCCAUUCACCACCACAAAAUGCUAAACUUUCUCUCAGAAGAACAACUCCUAUCUUCAGCCCUAGACAGACCCCUCUCCUCUGUCGGCCUCUAGCAGUAUGCGGUUUCUGGCCUCCCGCCUCCCGCGCUUUGCGGUGCAUGAUGUGGUUGCAAUGAGCGGACGGGAGCCCGCCAUCGUGCAUUCUCACGAGAGUGGGUGGUGUAUAAUAUCCCAUGGUCUUCCUCCCACUCAACAAUAUGUCAACAAGUGUUGAUAUUCAUCCGCCCAUUUCUUUCCAUCAUUGCCUAGGGCAGGUACCACAAUGGCUACCACGACAGAACCUGGUAACACCGAGGUCCGACCCCUUCCAAUAACGGUCAACAACUAUGAGCAGGACGAGAAGAAAGUUACAACCGCCCAAGCCUCUCCGUCCGUCUACAGCGAACAGAUUCAAAGACCAUGGGUUGCUGGGCUGCGGACAUGGUUUGGACUGAGGCCGAAUCGCCAUUCUCCCCCACCGGUAUACCAACCUCGACCACCACCAUCUUCGGAGCCGGCCUCGAUAGGCUCCAAGAUCUGGAAGUUCUUCAAAUUCCUAGGUCCAGGUGCUGUCAUCAGCGUUGCUUAUGUCGAUCCGGAUAACUACCAAACAGCCAUCUCGGCUGGCAGCGAGUUCCAGUAUAAGCUGCUCUUCAUGGUGUUGGUCUCGAACCUAAUAGCCAUCUAUAUCCAGUCACUCUGCGUCAAACUAGGAACCGUCACUGGCAUGGACCUAGCCCAAAUGAACCGCCGCUGGCUCCCGCGCUGGCUAGACCUCUCCAUCUACGUCGUCGCCGAAGCAAGCAUCAUAGCCACCGACCUAGGCCAAGUAAUCGGCACCGCCAUCGCCCUGAACAUCCUGAUCCCCAAGCUCCCGCUUCCCGCCGCAUGCGUCAUCUCCGUGGUCGAAACCCUGCUCGUCCUCCUCUUCUACACCGACACGGGCGAGCUCCGGCGAGUCCGCAUCUUCGAAGCCUUCGUCUCCAUCCUCGUCGUCGUCGUCUUCGUUACCAUCUGCAUCGCCCUCUCCAUGGUGGACCACAGCACCGGCACCACUCGCGAGAUCCUGCGGGGGUACGUCCCCUCGCGCGAAAUCUUUGUUGAUACGGGUUUGUACGCCUCGUGCGCUAUUCUGGGCGGCACGCUCAUGCCGCAUGCGCUUUACGUCGGUACCUCCCUUUCCCGCGCCAGGUUGUACGAUUAUGAUACCAAGCACGACCUCCCCUCCUCCUCUCCCCGACAACAGUCCCCCAAUUCCAGCUCGGAAACCAUCACCGCCUACCGCCCCUCCCUCCGCGCCAUCAAAUCCUGCCUAGGCUACUCCAUAGCCGAACUAACAUUCACCCUCUUCACCGUCGCCAUCUUCGUCAACUCCGCCCUCCUCGUAAUCGCCGGCUCAGCUUUUUACGUGCCGCCCGAAGAAACCCGCUCCUCCGAAAACGAAGUCUCCGAAGACCUAUACGCCCUCUACUCCCUUUUCAGGAACUCCAUCGCCCCGGCAGCAGGCAUCAUGUUCGCCGUCUCCCUUUUAUUCUCGGGCAUCAGCGCGGGAAUCGUCUCCACCAUGUCCGGGCAGAUCAUCAUGGAAGGGGCGUUGGAUAUCCGGCUGAACCCCUUUUUGCGGAGACUGAUCACCCGGUGUGUGGCUAUCGUUCCGGCGCUGGUGAUUGCGUUGGCGGUGGGCAAGGAGGGGCUGUCGAAGGCGCUGGUGGCGUGUAAUUAUCUGUUGGCUAUUGCGCUGAUUCCGAUCACGUUUCCGAUUGUGUGGUAUACGUGUCGUGCGAAGUAUAUGCAGGUGCCGGCGGAGGAUGGGACGACUACGGGGACGGUGGAUAUGAAGAAUAAUGUGGUGACGGCGGGCGUGGCGUGGAUGUUGUGGUUGUUGGUUGUGGUGAUGGAUGUGGCGACGGUGGUGUUGGUUGGGUUGGGGAUUACGAAGGAUGAGGGCUAAAGCUUGUGUGAGUAAAA